CAUUCAGAUAGAGAAAGCAGCCCGGAAGUGGUGUGUCAUAGGAAAGUCACGUGGGUAGUAGCUGAGCUGCAAGGGGCAAGGGGACAGCAGGGGCUGACCUGGAGUGACAAAGACUGCACCCAGCUGAGACAACACAGGACCAGUAACACCACCAUGACCUGGCCCAAGCGGAGAACAGCAAGGACCCAGCCUACUGCUGCCAAGAAGAAGGACACAAAGGCUCAUGGGAAAAAGGAUCCAGGUGUCCCCCAGUUCUCCUGCUUCAAGGAGCAGGCUAAGAGGGAGGCAGAGCUGAGAAGAAACAGGGCAGAGGAGGUCUGGGAGCGGCAGCGCCAGGCACGGGAGCAGGAGACCCAGCGGCACCGGAGCCUGGAGGCCCUUCAGAAUGAUGCCCUCCGGCGCCAGAGAAACUUUGAGCACCAGGAGGUCAGACAGCUCACACUGGAGGGGCCUGAGUACACUGAGAAGGAUGCCUCCCUCAAGGCAUACUACCGGGAGUUUCGGAAGGUGGUGGAGGCAGCAGAUGUCAUCCUGGAGGUGCUGGAUGCUCGAGACCCCCUGGGCUGCCGCUGCUCCCUGGUGGAGGAGACAGUGCUACAGGCUGGAGCCAUGAAGCGCCUUGUUCUUGUGCUCAACAAGAUUGACCUGGUGCCCAGGGAGGUGGUGGCUAAGUGGCUACAGUACCUGCGCAACGAGUUCCCCACUGUCGCCUUCAAGGCUUGCACCCAGCAGCAGAGCAGGAACUUGCAGCAGAGCCGGGUGCCGGUGGCCAAGGCCUCAGUAGAGCUGCUGGCCAGCGGGGGCUGUGUGGGAGCUGACUGCCUCCUCCACAUGCUGGGGGGCUACGGCCGCAGCCAGGGUCUUGCAGCCACCAUCACCGUGGGCGUUGUGGGCUUCCCCAAUGUAGGCAAGAGCAGCCUUAUCAACAGCCUGAAGCGGGGCCGGGCCUGCAGCGUGGGGGCCACCCCUGGUAUCACCAAGUGCCUACAGAUGGUGCAGCUAGACAAGCACGUGAGGCUACUAGACUGUCCAGGGCUGGUGCUUGCUGGGGCUGGGACAGGAUCUGUGUUGCGCCAUUGCCUCCCCCUCGAGCGUCUCCAAGACCCUGUGACCCCUGUGAUGGCCAUCUUGCGGCGCUGUGCCAAGGAGCAGAUAAUGGAGCACUAUGGGGUCCCCACCUAUCAUGACACCAUGGAGUUUCUGGCCCACCUGGCCCGGCGGCAGGGGAAACUGAGGAAGGGUGGGCUACCUGAUCAUGAGAAGGCUGCCAGAGCUGUGCUAAGUGACUGGACAAGUGGGAAGAUCAGCUACUUCACACACCCCCCGGAGACCCAUAUGCUGCCCACCCACAUCAGUGCUGAGAUAGUUACAGAGAUGGGAAAGGCCUUUGACUUUGAGGCACUGGAGCAGGGCAAUGAGGAGGCACUGGCUACUCUCCCCUUGGCUCCUGGGGGCAUUGGCCUGGCCCCAGAGACCACCAUGGAAAUGGAGAAGGAAGAGGAAGGAGAGCCAAAAUGUAUGGAGGAAUACCAGGAGCUGAAGCUCUGCCCCAUGACUGUGGAGCUGCAAGCCAAAGUGAAGGCACGAGUGACAGCUGCCAGCCCUAGGCCCCAUGGCCCCAGCCUGCCUGACAUUGCUGCCCUCGACCCCCUCUUCCAGGGGCAGGGUCUCUGCGCAGCCAGCAGGAGGCGUAAGCAGCAGCAGAAGAGAGCAGAGAAAAUUGCUACCAGGCUCUCCACCACCCUCACAGCCGCCAUGGACUUCUGAAUGGAUGAGGGAAGGAAGUUGCAUUCCCUGUCUCCCACCACAAGAGCUGGACUGGGGACAUGAGCCCCCACUGCAGGAGCAGGAGGGUGCAAUAGCGUUAUCCCAAUGAGCUUUGCUAAGAAGGUUUUUAUUCAUUAAAACUGUUAGACUUGCAUCAAAGAA